CCAUCAGUUUUAGGCAGUUUAAACAGUAUAGGAGCCUUAGUAAUGGCCCUAAUUCAACGAUUUUCACCUUUUAUCUUUUUGAUAGUUUCUUCUGACAGUCCUCACACUUGCCUUAAAAUGAAGAUAUUUAAAUGGACUUGGGGUGUACUACUGUUCCUGCUGUUGUCUAUCGGGCGCUGUACAGAGCAAUUGACACCUAGCAAAACAUCCCAACGGAGACAGCCCCGUUCAGCAGAUGGAGAGGAAGGGAAGAAAUGUGGUUACACAUUCCUGGUCCCGGAACAAAAAAUCACAGGACCAAUCUGCGUGAAUACUAACGGGCCAGGUAACGGUAACAGAAAAGAUGAAGUCACAAGGAUGGACAUAGAGAACUUGAAGGAUGUGCUGUCCAAGCAGAAGCGGGAGAUUGACAUUUUGCAAUUGGUAGUGGAUGUGGAUGGAAACAUUGUGAAUGAAGUAAAAUUACUGAGGAAAGAAAGCCGAAAUAUGAACUCUCGGGUCACCCAACUCUAUAUGCAGCUCUUGCACGAGAUAAUUCGAAAGCGUGAUAACUCGCUUGAGCUUUCCCAGCUGGAAAACAAAGUCCUUAAUGUUACAACAGAAAUGUUGAAGAUGGCAACAAAAUACAAGGAGCUUGAAGUAAAAUACGCAGCACUAACUGAUCUUGUAAAUAAUCAGUCUGUAACUAUCUCGCUGCUGGAAGAGCAGUGCUUAAGAAUCUUCUCGCGACAGGACACCCAUGGGUCUCCACCUCUUGUUCAAGUCGUGCCACAGCACAUUCCUAACAGCCAGCCAUACACUCCUGUUCUUCUGGGAGGUAACGAGAUACAGCGAGACCCAGGUUACCCUAGAGACAGAGAUGUUAGGCCACCACCUGACCCAGCUACUUCUCCUACAAAGAGUCCUUUCAGAGUACCACCACUGGCUUUAAUUAAUGAGGGUCCAUUCAAGGACUGCCAACAAGCCAAGGAAGCUGGGCAUUCCAACAGUGGGAUUUAUAUGAUCAAACCUGAAAAUAGCAAUGAGCCAAUGCAGCUAUGGUGUGAGAACAGCCUGGACCCCGGAGGAUGGGCAGUUAUUCAGAAGAGGACAGACGGAUCUGUCAACUUUUUCAGGAACUGGGACAGUUACAAGAAAGGAUUUGGAAACAUUGAUGGAGAGUACUGGCUGGGACUGGAAAAUAUUUACAUGCUUACCAAUCAGGAUAAUUACAGACUGUUGAUUGAGUUGGAGGACUGGAGCAAUAAGAAGGUCUAUGCAGAAUACAGCAGUUUCCGCCUGGAGCCUGAAAGUGAAUUCUACCGGCUGCGCUUAGGGACAUACCAAGGAAACGCAGGCGAUUCCAUGAUCUGGCACAACGGGAAGCAAUUCACCACACUGGACAGGGACAGGGAUAUGUAUUCAGGGAACUGUGCUCAUUUUCACAAAGGCGGCUGGUGGUACAACGCAUGUGCCCACUCGAACCUGAACGGGGUGUGGUACAGAGGAGGCCACUACAGGAGCAAGUAUCAGGAUGGAAUAUUUUGGGCUGAGUACCGAGGAGGUUCCUACUCCUUGAAAGCUGUUCAAAUGAUGAUCAGACCUAUUGACUGA